CGGGGAAAGCCCCCAACGGCGCUGCCGGGCGAGCAUGCUGCGAGCGGGGGAAGGGGGGCGAAGGAGGGGGUCUGCCGCGUCCCCCCCACCCUCUCCCCCCUCCGGGCCGGCUCCGUUUGGGGCCGGGGGUGCGGUUGGGGGCGGUGUGGGACGGCGGGAUUGGCUGGCCCGGCCGCCGGCCCUGCGCGCCCCGGCCCGUCUGCGGCGCCGCGGCCAGCUGGCGCCAGCGCUCAUAUAGGAUGCGCGGGGAUGGGACCGAGCCGGCCAGAGCAGCGGCUUUGCCAUCUGAGUAACACCCUCCAUCCAGCCUCCUCUCCUCCCGCGCUCGCUCUGCCUUUCCCCCCCUCCUCUCCCUCUUCGCUUUUUUUAUUCCCCCCUCCGUUCUCCCCCUCUUCCCGGCACUCGCAUCCUCCACGCCGGCAUCCAUCGCCACCCAGCCUCCCGCGCCGGGUGCUGCCCUGGCGCUUCCCCGGACCUGCCUACGCUACCCGCCUGCUGACAGAGGGACACGCUGACUUCGGGGGUCCUCCCCCCGUCCCCUCAGAGGGUGCGCUCCAGUCACUCGGCGGUUCCUUUUCUAAGAAAAGCUACCCCAUCUCCUAAAACCAACCAGCAGAGCCAAAAGCCACCCCACGAGCAGCACCCCCACCCCCACCGAGCGCCACUCGCUCCUGGCCCGGGGGUGGGCGGGAGGGGAGGCCCGAGGCCAUGGAGGUGGCCACGGACCAGCCUCGCUGGAUGGCCCACCACGCCGUGCUCAACGGGCAGCACCCCGAGAGCCACCACCCCGGACUGGCUCACAACUACAUGGAACCAGCGCAGCUCCUACCUCCGGAUGAAGUCGACGUCUUCUUCAACCACCUGGACUCACAGGGCAACCCUUACUACGCCAAUUCCGCCCAUGCCCGGGCCAGGGUCUCCUACAGCCAGGCACACGCCCGCCUGACCGGGAGUCAAAUGUGCCGGCCUCAUCUUAUCCAUAGCCCGGGGAUCCCUUGGCUGGACAGCAGCAAGGCGGCACUGUCUGCCCAUCACCACAACCCCUGGACCGUCAGCCCCUUCACCAAGACACCCCUGCACCCCUCGGCAGCCGGAGCGCCUGGGGCCAUCUCGGUGUACCCGGGCAGCAGCACCUCCAGCACCGCCUCCGUGUCUUCGCUAACCCCGGCCUCACACUCCGGCUCCCACCUCUUCGGCUUCCCCCCGACCCCACCCAAGGAAGUGUCCCCGGACCCCAACUCCACCAGUGCCGCCUCCCCUUCUUCCUCUGCCGGGGCUCGGCAGGAGGACAAAGACAGCAUCAAGUACCAAGUGUCGCUGUCGGAGGGGAUGAAGAUGGAGAGUGCCAGUCCGCUCAGAAGCAGCCUCACCAGCAUGGGGGCCCAGCCCUCCACCCACCACCCCAUCCCCACCUACCCCUCCUACGUGCCGGCAGCCCACGACUACAGCAGCAGCCUCUUCCACCCGGGCAGCUUCCUGGGGGGCCCCGCGUCCAGCUUCACCCCCAAGCCGCGGAGCAAGGCCAGGUCCUGUUCGGAAGGCAGAGAGUGUGUGAACUGCGGAGCAACUGCUACCCCUCUCUGGAGAAGAGACGGCACCGGGCAUUACCUGUGUAACGCCUGCGGGCUCUACCACAAAAUGAACGGUCAAAACCGACCUCUCAUUAAACCUAAGCGGAGGCUGUCAGCGGCCAGGAGAGCAGGGACUUGUUGUGCCAACUGUCAGACAACCACCACGACCUUAUGGCGACGUAAUGCAAACGGGGACCCAGUUUGUAAUGCCUGCGGACUCUACUAUAAAUUGCACAAUGUGAACAGGCCUCUGACCAUGAAAAAGGAAGGAAUUCAGACCCGGAAUAGGAAAAUGUCCAACAAAUCAAAGAAAAGCAAGAAAGGCUCUGAGUGUUUUGAAGAACUGUCCAAGUGCAUGCAGGAGAAGUCAUCUCCCUUCAGCGCUGCUGCCCUUGCCAGUCACAUGGCACCCAUGGGGCAUUUGCCCCCUUUCAGCCACUCUGGACACAUCCUACCAACACCUACCCCCAUCCACCCAUCCUCCAGCAUCUCAUUUGGACAUCCACACCCAUCCAGCAUGGUUACAGCCAUGGGAUAAAACCUGAUGACCAAGAGACCCACCCAGAGAUUGAGAACAUGGGGCUUUGCCUAAGAUGACACCAAGUAAGAAAACAUUCUGCCGAGAGGAGAAUGUAGGGAUGGAAAAAGGGCAUCUUUGCUCCCAUGUGGUUUUAACUCUUAAAGCUGGACUAAAACCUUGCAAAUGAUGGGUCUUCUGCAGAAAUGUGUAGUGGUGCCUGUAAUGCACUUUGCCCCCUCAGGUAUAAGUAAAAAGAACUCACCUGUUCGAUACUUAAUGGUCCAGCAGGAAGCAAAAGGUGGCAGAAGCUGAAGGAAAAAGCUUGGAACUGGCUUUCCUUUCUCUCUUUGUUAUUACUGUGAAUAUUGUAAAGAGAUGUAAGCAGCCUCCCAGGAUGGAAUUGGCUCACUGGAAGCCACACAUGCUGGAUUUCUAUCAUGGACUCUGUUUGGGAUGGGGAAAAAAAGAAGAAAAAGAAAAUGAAAAAAAAAUAAAAGGACAUCUUUAUAAAACCGUAAUUUUUAAAAUCAGACACAAAGUCAUAUUUAUUUUGUUUUCCACAAAAAGCCUCAACCCCUCUGAUUGCAUGUUUUUGUGCUGUCGUUUGCAAUGGCUACCCUGUAAGAAAAUCUGCCUUUAAAACAAGGAGGAGAGGGGAAACAUACUCAGCAGCCCUCUUGGAUUAGCUCCAUCUAUCUUCCAUACCAAAAUUACUAGUAAGGGGGAAAAGAUUUCGAGGGGAAGGAGCAAAGGAAAAACAAAUCUGUAAUAUGGGAUUUUAAUGUGCCCAAGAUGGUGAUUAUUUUGACACAAUUUCUUCAUUCUUUUCCCUAACAUGAAAGAUUGCUUUAAAAAAAACAGCCCCUCUUCCAACUACCCUGUUGCUCCUCAAAACAGACACCUAGAUCGGACAAACUGCUGGGGGGGAAAAACCCCUUGGGAAGGCAAUCCUGCACUAGCAAGGGGUGAGAUACAGGCGUUUACCAAACCGCGUUGCAGCUAACUUCUAGCGCAGCCGAAACCAUCACAGGGCAUAAAAAACAUCCAACUCACAGACUUUAGAGGUUGAAGCAUUUUUGUUCCGUUGUGUUGGCAGCUGUCGCUUAAAAAUGCAGAUUAGCUGCUUGGGUAAACUUCGGGCAGUGUGGCCACCAGGUCCACACACAGGCGUCCAGCGCGUGUGCUGUCUCAGGCAUCCAGGCCCCGGUGGACUUCACAGGGAGGAAGGGCAGAAAUGGGGUUGAGAUCACUGUAGAGGGGGAAAAAGAGAGACAAUCAGUUUGAGCUUCACACAUCCGUCAAAUCCCAGACACAGCGACAGCUGAUGAGACGAGGGAAAGCAUCGUUCUGUAAGGGGAACGUCUGUUUUCCGUGGUGGAUUUUAUAUGAAAAAAAAAAAAAAAAGAAAAAAAAGAAAUUUAAACCUCCCAUUAUGAAACCAUAUUGUACGUAAAUGACCGAAAACAAAGCUAUUGCCAAUGUGAAGUGUAUUCUAUUGAUUGUUAUGAUCUGAUGCCUCUCGUGAACACAAGCUCCAGUAUAACAUACAGUGUACAUAUUUAGCUAUACUUCUGAUGAAAAUGCCCCAAUGAACGGAGGGGUUUGAUAAUGUAAACCACGUAAGCUUAACUCUGUGACAAGCUUUUUAUUUUAUUUUUUUAAAUUUUAACUAUUUUGUUGUUGGGUUUUUCUUUUUUUUUUUUUUUUUUUGGAUCAAGCCAAAUUGUAUCUUUACUGCAAAAGUUCUGCUUUAAAGAAAAAAAACAGAAUGAAACAAAAAUGGAUGUAUGUUAAUUUUUUUCUAAACAUGUAAUUCUAGUAUUUUAUAAUUAAGAACCAAGCAGCCAUGAAAAUCCUGCUUUCCUCCUCUUUUUUUUUUUGGUCUGCGUAGGCAUAUAGGUGCACUUUGUAAAGAAGUGGAAAUAAAUGGGAAACUAAAUUGGUUGGAGAAAUCAUAAGAAUUUUUAAUCUACUGAGGUAAAGAAUUAGGUCCUUUUUACUUUUUACCUUUUACAAUGGUACAGUUGUACAUUUUUUGUACCCAACUCAAUUCUGUAGGAUUUGAGCGGAGGGGAAGGGAUGUGGGUGGAAGACAGGGAUUACUGAUACAGUUGACAAAGUGCAAUAUAUUGUCAGUCACUGCAGCAUAGACAACGGCAGUCGAGAUUUAAAUUAUUUUGUACUUGUAUCAGCAUAAAAAAAAAUUCUUCAGUAUUUUCUGGUUUUAUUUUUAAUUUUUAUUUUGCUUAUUUUUGGAUUAGUGAACUAAGUUAUUGUUAAUUAUGUACAACAUGUUUAUAUAUUGUCUGUAAAAAGUGUAUGCUUUCCUCAUAUUCCUUCAAGGUGAAUAUUGCUAAGAAUAAUAAAAUACCUUUUUUGUGAAA